AUGUUGAAUUUCCUGCUUUUUGUUGCAACUGCUGCCUGCGCGUUAAAAGGUUCCCAUCAAGGGGCGAGUCAGCGCAGACUGUACAGUGAUCUGAUGUCUGGGUACAACCCGCUGGAGAGACCCGUUGUUAAUGAUUCUCAGAGUCUCAGUGUUUACUUUGGACUCAGCCUCCUGCAGAUCAUGGAUGUGGAUGAGAAGAACCAGGUUCUAACUACCAACAUCUGGCUACAGCUGUACUGGAAUGACUACUACCUUCAGUGGAACACAGCAGAUUAUCCAGGCGUCACCAACGUGAGGUUUCCUGACCAUCUCAUCUGGAAACCAGACAUUCUGCUUUACAACAGUGCAGAUGAAAGAUUUGAUGCAACCUUCCACACCAACAUUUUGGUGAACUCCUCCGGCUCCUGUUCCUACCUUCCUCCAGGGAUCUUCAAGAGCACCUGUUAUAUUGAUGUUCGUUGGUUCCCCUUCGAUGUCCAGAGGUGCGAGCUGAAGUUUGGCUCUUGGACGUAUGGAGGCUGGUCUUUGGAUUUAAAAAUGCUGGAGGCGGACAUCACUGGCUACAUCGCCAAUGGAGAGUGGGAUCUUGUUGAGGUCCCAGGAAGAAGGAGUGAGCGUUUUUAUGAAUGCUGUGAUGAGCCUUACCCUGAUAUCACAUUUACUGUGGUGAUGCGCAGACGGACACUGUAUUAUGGCCUCAAUCUGCUCGUCCCGUGCGUCCUGAUCUCUACUCUGGCUCUGCUCGUCUUCCUUCUGCCUGCCGACUCUGGAGAAAAGAUCUCACUGGGCAUCACAGUCCUGCUCUCCCUGACCGUCUUCAUGCUGCUGGUUGCAGAAAUCAUGCCGGCCACGUCAGACUCGGUGCCUUUGAUAGCUGAAUACUUUGCCACUACCAUGGUCAUUGUUGGUCUUUCAGUCAUCGCUACGGUUCUGGUCCUGCAAUAUCACCACCAUGAUCCUGAUGGGGGCAAGAUGCCAAAGUGGACUCGUGUGAUCCUCCUGAACUGGUGCGCCUGGUUCCUGCGGAUGAAGCGUCCAGGUGAACAGCGAGUGCGCUCCGCCUGUCACAACAGGACUCGGCGCAGCAGUCUGACCAGCGUGGACCUGAACGUGAGCACCUCUGUCUCCCAGUCAGCGAAUGGCCACAUGCUUUAUGUUGGUGUCCGUGGUCUAGAGAGCAUCCACUGCUCCACAGCCGCCACAUCUCCGGACUCCGGCGUCCUUUGUGGACGGCUGCUCGGAAGACCAGGUGAGGACGAGAUGCUUCUCCCCUCGAGUCAGAGCUGUGCUGUGGGAAACAUGGAACUAGAGCUGGCUAAGAUCUUAGAUGAGGUGCGUUACAUCGCCAAGCGUUUUCGUGACCAGGAUGAAGAUGAGUCAAUGUGCAACGAGUGGAAAUUUGCUGCAUCUGUCAUUGACAGGCUUUGCCUCAUGGCUUUCUCACUCUUCACAAUCCUCUGCACCAUCGGGAUCCUCAUGUCAGCACCGAAUUUUGUUGAAGCCAUUGCCAAAGACUUUUUUGCUUGAAGCUGUGAUCAUAAAGUUUCUGUCUCUCCUCACAGAGUAA